GGUAUAUAGCAUGCGGUGUUAGCUCUCAGCCUGUCUUACAUAAUAGUUUAUUCUAUAUAGGAGCCUUCAUGAAGAUUGUGCUUUAACAACAGUAGUAAGAACCCUUUUUAGGAAUUUGAGCUCUUGAAAUUAUUUGUUUGUUGCUGAAUAUUGUUACAUUUUGGAGAGAAAUAGGACAUAUAGUCCACCUACUAUCAUUAAUAGGUACGUGUAGUAAAGCUGAUAAAAAAAAGCUGUCCGUCUGCAGGGAAAAGGAACUAAUAGCUGAUCGUCAUGCCGCCCAUCUCCGAAGUCAUUCCGUCAGAUCCCGAGCGAUCUCUGAACAACACGAUCCUCUUCAGUGAGAGCAAGAACGAACUCUUCAGACUGCAACAGGAACUUAAGUCCUUGCACCGCAAACUUAAGAGCCAAUGGAAGGUCACAAGCUCGACAGAGCCGCUGACGAAGGCAAGCCUGUCGUCAGCAGGACUGGUGGUGCUAGGCUGUCCCCGUCAGCCGUUCACGGACCUGCAGUUUGCAGCGCUGCGUCGUCACGUCGAGGACGGCGGCGCUCUGCUGGUGCUGGUCGAGGAGGGCGGCGAGAAGAAGGCUAACACUAACAUCAACUUCUUGCUCGAGGAGUUCGGGAUAUCUGUUAAUAAUGACUCGGUGGUACGCACCUGCUACUACAAGUACUUCCACCCCAAAGAAUGUCUCAUCACCAACGGCGUCCUGAACAAAGCCAUCCUUCAGGCGUCUGGUAAAGCCAUCCCUGGACUCCUCACUGACGAGUCCCUUGCCACAAGGCUGAUGUCGUUCGUGUACCCCUUCGGUGCGACGCUGAACGUCAAGAAGCCCGCCGUGGCCGUACUGUCUACCGGUAGCGUGUCCUUCCCGCUCAAGCGUCCUGUUUGUGCAUUUUCCGAGCACCCAACGAGCCGCGGUCGCGUAGCAGUGCUAGGGUCAGGCCACAUGCUCACCGACCACUACAUCGACAAGGAGGAGAACUCCAAGAUCAGAGACGUCAUCUUCCAGUACCUCAUCACGCCUGACUUCAAACUCGAUCAGAUUGAUGCGGAUGAUCCGGAGGUUUCCGACUACACGAUGACCCCUGACAUCUUCGGUCUCUCUGAAAACCUGCAAAAUUGUCUUCAAGAAUCAGAAGAAGUGCCCGCCGACUUCACUCAGCUCUUCCAUGCUAAGUUGACCAACAUAGACAUGGAGCUGGUGCCGGCAGCCAUUGAAUGCUACAGCAAACUUAACCUGAAACACGAGCCUCUCCGCCUCAUUACGCCUCAGUUCGAAACGCCUCUGCCUCAGCUGCAUCCUGCUGUUUUCCCUCCUUCGUUCCGGGAGCUGCCUAAUCCUAGCCUCGAACUUUUCGAUCUUGACGAGGCUUUCAGCUCAGACAAAUCCCGGCUUGCUCAGGUGACGAACAAGUGUAAAGACGAGGACCUGGAAUACUUUGUGCGAGAGUGUGGGGACAUAUUGGGCAUCACCGUUAACCUACCCCCUACUUCCCGUUCUGCCAAGCACAUACUCGAGUACGCCUUAGCGCAGCUCGUCGAGUUCAAAAAGCUAAACCAGGACCUUGAUUCGUUUGCGAGGAGUCGGGAUCUGUGAGGUGCUAAUUGUGCACUGCUGGUGGGACCAAUUAUUUUUCGUCUCAAAGUAUCAUUUAAGUGUGGGAACUGGAAACGAAAAUUUUGGUUCUUCAUCAGCAAUUUGCUACAACUGAAAUAUGUAAUACUUCGAGUCAGAAUUUGAAGAAUGAAUCUGGGAGUUCUCAAGUCAGAAUUUAUCGAAGGAUCUGAUUCCUUUUGUGACUCGGUUUAAUUUAUUAAGGAACAUUUUCUCGCCAGAUUGUAAAUGAAGAGAUCCUCACGUUGGCCGAGUAGGAUCUAAUAUAGGAGCUUCUAGUCACAUUAGUGUAAAAGGACUGGCGCUUUCAACUGAUGCAUGUAGAUUUAUUAAAUAUAUAACAACGUGAGAAUAAAGCACCUCCACUCAAUCUAACGUGUGUCAACUUGACUCAUUUUGGUGAACCAACAGUCUGUCAAAAAAAAAAACUUUUUUUAUAGCCAUUUGGCCCCUGACGGGUCCCCUUAAAUUGGCCUAGCCGCGACUCACUUGUGGAUGUCUUGUACGCUGGUUUUAGGAUAGCCACCUUCGUCCUAAUGAGCAAUCCCAACCCACUCAUUUCCUCUAGUGUGAUCAGUUAGAUAGAUAUGAUGUGUUUAAUAAUUAUCAGCGCACAUAUUGCACAUUGUUCUUCAAUAUUAAUAUUGAGCAAAGUUAACAUAUAAGAGUAUAUCAUUGGUAGGUUUUCUUCAACAAUCGUCGAAUAAGUUUGAGAAUAAGGCUUUAGGAUGUAAGGCGGCUCGCUUUCCAACGUUUUCUAAGAAAUUGUAUCUCAACUCAUUCUGUUUUAUUAUUAUUCACUAAGUUCACGUCAAAUGCAUUAUCUUUUGUGCUUCUUUCAAUCCUCGAGUGUUUGAAGAAGCGUCAAGUUGAUGCGGUUUAACUAGGAUACUCUAGUAAGUAUUAAGGAUAGCUAGGGCACCCCUAAAUGUCUUGAUAGGAUACCCUGAUGAAUAUUUAGGACAGCUAGGAUACCAUAAAUUUAUCACCUUCUUCCUAUAGUAGGAUCACAUUUUCAAGAGUAAUAUCCAAUUAAAUGCAAUAAAGUGUUCAACAAAUCGUCAUAAGCAAUGUAGAUCCGACCGAAGGGCUUUGGUGCAGCGACCUUGGUCAACAUGUUUUUAAUUCUAUGCAGCUUUCUAUUUUCAUUUUUUUAUAUUGCACAUGAAAUAUUUAAUUUUGACAAUUCAAUAAGUUCAAUUGGCAAAAUUUUACGGCUUGUCAUGAGGUAAUUUUUGACGUCAGCGUUUAUAAUACCUUAACUCUUACGCUAUUUAAUUUACGAACUCGAUUCACCGGUAUGAGUAUAUAUUGAUAUCUGAUU